AUGUGCGGCGGCAGGCGCGAGGCGGCGGGCGCGGGGGCGCGCGGGGGCGGGCGAGGGCGCGUGCGGCGCGUGCGGCGCGCUCCGCGAGGGCUCGCUGCCGCGCCGCCCCAGCUCCGCCCUGUGCGUCACACGUACACGCGCGAGGCUCCGCGCACGCACACACGCACACGCACACUGCGCGCAGACAGCGUUGUCUUGCCUUUACUCGCUGCCUGUGCACAGAACCCGUCGUCGGGGUCGCUGACGGCGUCCGCGUCCGAGAGCGGGUCGCUGGAGCGCGCGCGCGCCGCGCCCGAGCGCCGCGCGCCGCCGCCCGACGACCAGUGCUCUGAACUUUGUGUUUCGUUAAGUAACAUGACUAAGAGAGCAGAAUGCGGUGUUGACUUGUGUCGUGUGUUGUGUGCGCAGCACGUGGCGUCGUGCCGCGUGGAGAACACGCGCGUGAACCCCGACUCGCUGAUCGACGAGCUGCUCGCCGCCACCGACCUGCAGCCCGCGCCCGACGCCGCCGAGACCUCCGGCCUGCAGCUGUACAUCACGCGCGACGGCACCGCCGAGCUGGGCUCCCGCCGCCGCGCCGCGCCGCGCCGCGACUGCCAGCGCGUCGUGCUGCACCCGCUGCACCCCCUCCCCCACCCGCACCCGCUGCACGACCACAGACUUGUGUGUAAGGCACGGGCGCGGCCGCCGCCCCCACCCCCGCGCCGCCCGCCCUCCGCGCGGAAUUGCAGAGAAGGGGUCCCGGAAGGGGCGCGGAGAGCGCGGGAGGCGCGGGGCCGCGGGGUCGCGGGGCGGCUCGGCGGCGGCGCGCCUUUUCUAUCAACUAAUUUAGAAUCUUGCACGCUUUUCAUUUCACUUAGCCUACCUACCGCUAGGCGCGGGCCGCGACCUGCGCCGGCGCCGCCGCACGACAUAUUUACACUUGUUCGACGUCACGGCGGCGGCGGAGCUUAUGUUAAGUGU